AUGUCUGAUUUCUGGAGUGAAAACAAAGGUACUUUCAAGAAGGUUGGUAUUGCAACCAUCAAAGGGACAGCUAAGGGCACGGUAUUCUUGACAAAGACCGGUUACAAAGCGGUGCAGAAUGCUAGAGGCAAAGAAGGUGUGAACCAAGAGAACAAUAAAAAGGAAGGCGAGGAUGAGGCCACAGAGGGAUCAAAUGCUUCCUCUACCUCUUACGGUUAUAGGCCACCACCAACCAGAAGUUACACUACACCAACAUCGUUUGCCUCGCCUCCUACCCAUCACUCAAUCUCGGGGGGUUCUGUCACGAAUCAACCUCAGGCUCAACAACCAACUUAUGCUUCCUCUGUAGCAUAUCAGGCAACUCCAAUACAAACAACUAUAUCAUCGCAAGCUGCACCAAUUUCUCAAGGCUCAGUUACUCAGCCUGGUUAUCAUCAUUAUCAGCAACAACAACAACAACAACACUAUAAUUUCGAGGCUUCCAGCGAUGAAGUCACCAGGCCUACCAAUUUAUUGGCACAAUUCAGAUCAUCGACUAGUCUGGUGCCGAAAAUCAAUAGCUUUUCAAGCGUUUCUCCACUGUCUCAACCACAAUCUAUUUCAAACACGGUCAGUGAUUUCGGGUACCAAAGAGCUGCAGUGCCUUUGCCUCCUUCUCAAUCUCAACCGGUUGCCAUACCGGUCGCAGCCAUUCCCCCACCUACUAUGAAGAAGAUUGACAUCUCUGCAUUGCCUCCUCCUCCAAUACACAAAGAUAGGGGCAAAAAAAUUGACGUUGCACCAGAACCAAAAAAUGCUACUUUGAAUACCAUUCAACAACAACCUGCCAGACCAACAGCACCACUCUCAACGGAUACAAACCCUCCGAGCCCUGUGGUUCUCGAGGAUCGUGCUUCACUACAAGCCAGGGAAACGACGGGAAGCGGUACUAACUUGCAAGCUACUACCAAGCCUCCUCCAUCAUUGCCUUCUCGUGUAAUCCCCCCUCCUCCAGUAUCAAGAGGCACUUCUUCUUCUUUUUCUUCUUUUUCUUCCUCAAAUAAUGCUUCCAAGGAAACCUCCCCUGUCCCACCAGCUUUAAAAAGACCAGUGGUUGAUAAUACCAAGGAGAUCUUUGCGCCACCUCCAAGACCUCAUGGUACCAAAAGCUCUGUGGCCAAAAGUCCAGAACCAAAUAUGCCUGUUACAUCAACUACCGGCCCAUCUUUGAGAUUGCCUCCUUCUAGACCGACACCUCAAACCCCUGGAAACUCAUCAACACCAACACCCGAACCUCAAAACUCGAGGAAAAUGACGAGCCCUAUUGCCUCCACCGAAUCACUAAAGAAGUUUGCACCACCUCCUAGACCUUAUAACUCCACUGCGCCUGUGGCGAAAAGUCAGAACGUGUUUGAAAAAGUUCGGCAGCAAAGGGAACAAGAUGAAAAAGAACGUUUGAAUAAAUUGAAGAAAGCGGAGGAAUAUAACGAGUAUUUGACAAAUAAGCUUUAUUCCGGAGAGAAUCAGGCACAGGAAAGUGAAGAGGAGAAGGAAUCUGAAAAGCGAGAAGUUCCUACACCUCCUCCCGUGGUACCUAAAACAGCGUUUCCGCCGCCACCUGUCAGAGCUUCUACUCUUAAAGACGGUGGUAUAGAGGGCUGUGUAAAGCUCAAAGAUCCAGAAGGAGUGCAGGAAAAGGAGAAUAAACCAUUUGAGUUCCAUCGUAGAAGAACUUUUAAGAAAGUUGAAGAGGUUGUUGUGGAUCCUAUUCCGGUGUCAAUUUCUGAAAGUAAUAAUGUAUCAAAUGAAAUCCAGGCUGACGAGGAACUAAAUGAAACCAUAAUUAAAAAACCUUUAUCGAAACCAAAACCAAAACCAAAACCAAAACCAAAACCAAUACCAAUACCAAAGCCUAAGCCAAAACCUAAUGCUACAAUCUCAACAUCUGGAGGCCAAAAGAAACCACCAGUACCAAGACCAAGAAAUUUGGUAGCAGAAAUUGAAACUAAGCCUAAGGUUGAUGCACCAAGUGCUCCUAAGCCAAAGCCAGCAGUACCAGCCCCUAGGCGUAAACCGAAAGUCCCUGAAGUUCCUCCAAAGGCUCCUGAGGUGAAAGCGAAGCCAAAACCAGUUGUCAAGCCCAAACCAACGCAUCUCUCUAUGAAGAAGUCUGCUGCUGAUACUGCUUCUUAA